GGUUAGUGACAGGGAGCGUCCGGAACGCUCGAGGGGUACUACACAGCUAUGCUGAGGGGAACAUCUUCGAUCGUCUGUGUUUUGAUGGAGAGCCAUUGUGGGUGAGCGGGCAGUUACCGGAUGACUUGAUGCAGCCUCCUGAAGAAUCAAUAGGGACCUUCCCUCCUAAGGGAUCACCGCUGAUGGACAUUAAA